UGGGCGGAGAGUCACAGCAAAACUUUCCAUUAACAUCUGUAGAUUUCUUGGUGAUAACGACGUUGUACAGCAUCUCACUGAUAAUGUCUGGAAUGGCGUCUAACCUAGCUAAAAAGCGGGCAUUGGCUGCAGGGUUUGGCACUAAUGCUAAUGCGGUGAAAUAUCUCAAUCAGGAUUUUGAAGCGCUUAGGGCGCAAUGUUUAAGUCGUGGAGGGCUAUUCUCGGAUCCAACUUUCCCAGCCGCACCCGAAUCUUUGGGCUUUAAUGAACUCGGACCAGGCUCGUACAAAACUAGAGCAGUGCAAUGGAAAAGGCCAGGAGAGUUGUGCUCAAGUCCAGAGUUCAUUGUUGGAGGAGCCACCAGAACAGAUAUCUGUCAAGGAGCUCUAGGUGACUGUUGGCUUUUAGCUGCCAUUGCCUCUUUGACACUCAAUGAAGAUGUCAUGGCUAGAGUGGUCCCCGUUGGACAGAGCUUUGGGGAAAGUUACGCUGGCAUUUUUCAUUUUCAGUUUUGGCAGUUUGGGGAGUGGGUGGAUGUUGUCAUUGAUGACAGGCUGCCCACAAAAGAUGGAGAGCUGCUGUUUGUUCACUCAGCUGAGGGCUCAGAGUUCUGGAGUGCACUGCUGGAGAAGGCCUACGCCAAGGUGAAUGGCUGCUACGAGGCCCUGUCUGGGGGCUCCACCACUGAGGGCUUUGAGGACUUCACUGGGGGCAUUGCAGAGAACUACGACCUGAGGAAACCCCCUCCGAACAUGUUCCAGAUUAUUAAGAAGGCAAUUGAGUCAGGGGCUCUGCUUGGCUGCUCCAUUGACAUAACCAGCGCCGCUGAUUCUGAGGCAGUCACACGACAGAAGCUGGUGAAAGGGCAUGCCUACUCCCUAACAGGGGCUGUUGAGGUGACCUAUCGUGGCCGUAAGGAGAAGCUGAUAAGGAUACGUAACCCUUGGGGUCAAGUGGAGUGGACAGGGGCUUGGAGUGACAGCUCCUCAGAGUGGAACUCCGUUGAUGAUUCAGAGCGCCAGAACGUCAAAGCUGAUGAUGGAGAAUUCUGGAUGUCAUUUACAGAGUUCCUGCGGCAUUACUCUCGCAUAGAGAUUUGCACUCUGACCCCAGAUACACUAACGGAUGACUCUGUGAAGCACUGGAGUGUGUGUAACUAUGAUGGUAGCUGGAGGAAGGGUUCCACUGCUGGGGGGUGCAGGAACCACGCCUACACCUUCUGGAUGAACCCCCAGUUUGUGAUCAGGCUGGAUGAGGAGGACGAUGACCCUGAUGAUAACGAGGUGGGCUGCAGCUUCGUGGUGGGCCUGAUCCAGAAGAACCGGCGCCGGCUGAGGAAAGUAGGCGAAGACAUGCACACCAUUGGCUUUGCCAUCUAUGAGGUUCCAUCACAGUUUCAUGGUCAGAGGGAGGUUCACCUGGACAAGAAUUAUUUCCUGACACAUGCUCAAAAGGCCCGGUCUGAGACCUUCGUCAACCUUCGGGAGGUUAGCACCCGCUUCAAAAUGCCCCCCGGGGAGUACCUCAUUGUGCCCUCCACCUUCGAGCCGCACUUAAAUGGUGACUUCUGCAUCCGUGUUUUCUCAGAGAAGCAGACUGAGACUCGACCAUGUGACGAUCCUGUCAAGGCAGACUUAGAUGACGAGACUGUAUCUGAUGCUGAAGUCGACGCAGGAUUUAGAGGCUUGUUUACCAAGCUUGCAGGAGAUGACAUGGAGAUCUCUGCAGCAGAGCUGAAAAACAUCAUGAAUAAGAUUGUCUCCAAACGAACUGACAUCAAAACAGAUGGCUUCAGUCUUGAAACCUGUAGAAUCAUGGUCAACCUCAUGGAUGACAGUGGGAAUGGAAAAUUGGGCCUUGGGGAAUUCGCUACUCUGUGGAAGAAAGUGCAGAAAUACCUGGGUAUCUAUAAGAAGAAUGACAUGGACAAUUCAGGCACCAUGAGUACUCCAGAGAUGCGUAUGGCCCUGAAAGAAGCAGGCUUCACUUUGAACAAUGGCAUUUAUCAGAUCCUCGUGGCUCGCUACGCUGAGCCAGACAUGACCAUCGACUUUGAUAACUUUGUGGCCUGCCUUAUGCGUCUGGAUAUGAUGUUCAGAGUCUUUAUGAAGAUUGAUGCUCAUGACAGUGGCUCCAUUGAGCUCGACUUCCAUCAGAUCUGCUACAACGAUCGACUAUUCAUGUACCCAUUCGGAGGGGUCUCAGCGCGCAUCCAGAGGGAGAGACUACACGCAGAGGGAAUGGGAACCAACGAGCGGGCGCUGAAGUUCCUCAACCAGGACUACGAGGCCUUGAAGCAGGAGUGCCUGGAGAGCGGCUGCCUGUUCGAGGACUCCUGCUUCCCCCCCGAGCCACCCUCCCUGGGCUUCAAAGAGCUGGCCCCCCACUCAUCCAAAACCCAGGGCGUGGAGUGGAUGAGGCCCACAGAGUUUUCAGAUAACCCUGAGUUCAUUUUGGGCGGCGCCACAAGGACUGAUAUCUGUCAAGGAGCACUGGGUGACUGCUGGCUCCUGGCAGCCAUUGCUUCCCUCACCCUUAAUGAGAAGCUGCUACACAGGGUGGUCCCUCAUGGUCAAUCCUUCCAAGACAACUACGCUGGCAUCUUCCACUUCCAGUUCUGGCAGUUUGGAGAGUGGGUGGAUGUUGUCAUUGAUGAUCGACUGCCUGUCAAAGAUGGCGAGCUCAUGUUUGUUCACUCUGCUGAGGGUAACGAGUUCUGGAGUGCCCUGAUUGAGAAGGCUUAUGCCAAACUGAGUGGCUCCUAUGAGGCCUUGUCUGGUGGCAGCACCACAGAGGGCUUUGAGGACUUCACCGGUGGCGUGGCAGAGUUUUACGAGCUACGUAAGGCACCUAAGGAUCUGUACCGGAUCAUCGGUAAAGCCCUGGAGAGAGGUUCCCUUCUGGGCUGCUCCAUUGACAUCACCAGUGCCUUCGACAUGGAGGCAGUGACCUUUAAGAAGCUGGUUAAAGGCCAUGCCUACUCUGUCACAGGUCUGAAGCAGGUGGAUUUCCGGGGUCGCAUGGAGAGGUUGAUCCGUAUUCGUAACCCCUGGGGUCAGGUGGAGUGGACCGGGGCUUGGAGUGAUAAUUCGUCUGAGUGGAAUGCGAUUGAUCCAACAGAGAGGGAGGACAUGAAUUGUCACAUGGAGGACGGGGAGUUCUGGAUGCCCUUCCAGGAGUUCCUGCGCCAGUUUUCCCGGCUGGAGAUCUGUAACCUGACAGCAGAUGCUCUGAGUGAUGACAGCCAGAGUUUCUGGAACACCAUCAAGUUUGACGGAGGCUGGAGGAAGGGCAGCACGGCUGGAGGCUGCCGGAACCACCCAAACACCUUUUGGAUCAACCCCCAGUAUAAGAUUACCCUGCUGGAGGAGGACGACGACCCUGAGGAUGAAGAGGAGGCCUGCAGCUUCUUGGUGGCUCUCAUGCAGAAGGAUAGGCGCCGCUACCGACGCCAGGGGCAGGACAUGCACACCAUUGGCUUUGCCAUCUACGAGAUUCCAGAAGAGUUUAAGGGUUGUCAAAGUGUUCAUUUGAAGAAAGACUUCUUCUUGAAGCACUCAUCAUGUGCACGUUCUGAGACCUUUAUCAACCUGAGGGAGGUGAGCGCACGGCUGCGCCUGCCACCCGGGGAGUACCUGGUGGUACCCUCCACCUUCGAACCUGGGAAAGAGGCUGACUUUGUCCUCAGAGUCUUCACUGAGAAGCAGUCAGAGACACAAGAACUGGAUGAUGAUGUGGUGGCAAACUUUGAAGAUGAGGAGGACAUCUCAGAGAGUGACAUUGAGGACUCAUUCAGGGCCAUGUUCGCUCAGUUAUCUGGGGAGGACAUGGAGAUCUCUGUCCGUGAGCUCAGGACCAUUCUUAAUAGGGUCGUGACCAAACACAGGGACCUGAAGACUGAUGGGUUCAGCAUGGAGUCCUGUAGAGGCAUGGUCAGCCUAUUAGACAAAGAUGGCAGCGCUCGCCUUGGUAUAGUUGAGUUUCAGAUUCUGUGGAAUAAGAUCAGGAAGUGGCUGGGAAUCUUCCGCCAGUUUGAUCUGGACAAGUCUGGAUGUAUGAGCUCCUAUGAGAUGCGUCUGGCCUUGGAGUCUGCUGGAUUCAAACUGAACAACAGGCUGAACCAGGUGCUUGUGGCCAGAUACGCUGAAAACGAGGUCAUCGACUUUGAUAACUUUGUCUGCUGUCUGGUCAAGCUAGAAGCCAUGUUCAAGGCCUUCCAGGCGUUGGAUAGAGAAGGUGCUGGAACUGCUGAAAUGAAUGUCACAGAGUGGCUGUAUAUGACCAUGUGUGGUUGAAGUGUAUGGUGACCUAGUAUGCUGUAGAAGAGGACACGUACACACCCAUAGUAGAGGACAACCAUAGCCUCAAAGAGCCUCCAAAGCAUCUCAGUGCACCCAACUAAGGCUUGCAUCAUCUCAAACAAUCCCAAAGAAAAUGCUACUCCCUGCAUUUUAAUAACCACCACAAAUACCUUGCUGCCUCUGCUCAAUAACUUGGCAAUUGCAUUUAACCUGGUCAAUUACACGUGAUGAAAAUGAAAUGCUCUACUAAGGGAGUCGCUGCCUAUAAAUCACUGCACGCAUUAUACAAUGGCAAAGUGUUCAGGGCAUACCGUUAUGCAAAAAAUACAUGUAUUUUUAAAGUUCCAUUCCAAACCUCUUAGGUUUUCCUCUCUUUUGUUUAACCAUCAAAUUCAGAUGUUAGUCUGUCAUAAGAGAUGAUAUCGUACUCUGACAUUAUGUAUUUUUUGCUACCUUUCACGGAUCUUGGAUUAUAGAAAGUAUGUAUUGCUAUAGGCUGUUAAUGAACUGCAAAUUGUACUGAUGCCUUCAUCUUUAGGAUACCUCAGUACAGUAAACUACAUCAGUUAAAGACAGAAAUAUAACUAAUAUUUUUCUCAAGAUGGCAAUUUUAGUCUAAAAAUUGGCGAGGGUACUUUCAAAUAAAACACUAAAUGUAGGAAAGGGAUUCCUCAAUGUGACAAGGUAAAAAGUAACUUCGAUGCAUAUGCUGAACUGCACAUUUUAAUUCUACGAAUAUCACUGAAUAAAAACUGACUGAUCAUGUA